AUGGGAGUCUGUUUGGUGCUGCAAGAAGGGGCUUCUCUUCUCUUCUUUUUUUUUUUUUUUUCCGUUGACUUCAGAACUGGAAAGAAGAUGGUGUCGUACGCUCCGCCAGAGUUUAGUGAGGAACUUUUUGCUGUCAUGUUGGAGUCCUGCACCCCUUCCAGGUCGCGUGUGGAGGCGCUGACGCAAGUGGCCCUCCGCCACCUGACGCAAGCCACAGACACGUGGUCUGCACUGCGGAAGGCACUCGUCCGCCAGCAGGAUCUGGAGUCGGAUGAAAAUAAAGGACUUUGGUAUUUGCUCGAUUCACUCAUGAAACACGCACCACAUGUGUUUGUCCCUCUCAUUUCGCCACGACUGCACGACUACGUUGUGCAGCAGAUGCCUUGGCAUCUCGUUGGUGUGGUUUCGACGUUAGGCAGCGGAGCACUGUGGUGCGAUGCCAUGAUUCUCACAUGGGAAAGUAUUUUACCGCCCCACCUGAUGCGAAACGUGAAGUCAUUUGUUGUGCAGCUGCGAAGUGGGAAAGAGCUAACAAACGCAAUGAAUCUGAGUGGUGACACCGAUGAGGUUCAGAGUGUUGAUGCUCCCGCCUCACGUGAACAGAUCCAGCAGCUACGGGAGGCGUGGGAAGUGUUUUUUUCAUUUGUUGCAGAGGGAGUGCGUGCAUCGAACAAUACCCCUGCGGCGUCGACAACGUCUGGUGCACUACCGCUCGCGCAGGUGAAAUGUGAAACCACACCUUUUGCGGGGCUGAAACGCGAGGAAGGCACACAACCUGCAGGUGCCGACGAUGAUGACUCUGAUGUGGAGUAUGUUCCCGAGUUUGUGAGAGGGGCGCAGCAUCGUCCUUUGCCCUCGCUGACGGGUGACAACACCACCACGCAGAAAACGCGUCGAGCCGCCAGACGACGACCGCGCGAAGAGGACUGA